AUGACAAUGGCAGACGGCGCUGAAUGGAUACAAAAGCCGGAAACCAUGCAGACCUUCCUGGGAGCGCUAGGCAGCAACACAACAUACACCCCACACAACUACACCGUGGUAGCGGACUUUGUACCAGUAACCUUCGACCCGGGAUCACCUGCGGUCAUUAGCAAACUGGAGGACAUCAACAGGCUCGAGAACAGACAGGUUGUCAGCACGAGAUACAUCAAACCAAAGGAGCGAAGGACAUGCGGACAGCAGGUGGCCCACGUCAUGAUCAGCUUCAAAACAGCAAGCGCGGCAAAUAGAGCCAUAAGAUUCGGACUAUUCGUGGAGUGCACAAAGGUAAAUUGCAGAAAACUACUACAGGAACCAUUGAGAUGCGUCAAAUGUCAGUUCUACAACACGGGACACGUUGCAAAAACCUGCAACUCAAUCCACAAUACCUGCACACAAUGCGGAGAGAUGCACCGCACCAGCACAUGCGCCGCUACAGACAAGCAAAUAGCAUGCUCAAACUGCAGGGCCAACAACCUCCCAGCACACAGACACAGGGCUGCUGACCGAGCCUGCCCGAUAUUCAUCAAGAUCUUAUGGGACAAUCACCAAUGCAACACAGACGCACAGCACCAAUACUACCCAAUUGCCAACAAACCGGACACCUGGGAGACUACACAUACAAACACACCGGAUAUCCAGCACCAAGGACGCACAUUCCAGGGCGGCAACCAACCAACAACACGCCCGACACCAGCAGCAAACACCACAACCACGACCGGCACCACCACCACACCACCAGCAACGCAAUGGCCAAACACGCGCACGGAACUACCACCACCACAAGCUCAGAAACCCACCCACCGGGCGCGCACUUUCAGCAACCAGACACGGCCAGGGCCAAUCCUGCAGCAGACCACGCUACCCUUCCAACCAGCACACCGCGCCACACGCCCGCUAUUGCCGCCAUACUCAAUAGAACCAUACCCUGGACCUCAGUCUGGAUCAUGGGCUGAUCAAGUCACUGAACACAGCACCGGAAACCCCCUCUUCCUGCGGGCAACCCCGCCGAACAGGAGAUGA